AAGUUCAUUAUAUAUAGGUAGAGUAGGCCAACUACUCCUUAUAACUCUCAUUUCCUCAAUCCUCCCUCUCUCUCUACUACUCAGUCUCUUUCAAUCUCUUUCUUCUUCUUCUUCUUCUUCUUCUUCUUCUUUCUCUCUCUUCUUCUACUCAUAACAACCCUUCAUUUUCAAUCUUUUUAUUUUUAUCUUCUUAUUAAUUCCAUGGCUGCAGCUUCCACAUCAUCACAAUCUGAUAUCAUUACUCCAUCUUCUAAUGAUGACCUAAAGAUCAUAGUUGAAAGCAAUAUCCCUCCUUCCCGCUUAUCAGAACUGGGUAUCAACUCAUGGCCCAAAUGGGGAUGUCCACCGGGGAAGUAUACACUGAAAUUUGAUGCCCUAGAGACAUGUUAUUUGGUGAAAGGAAAGGUUAAGGUGUAUCCAAAAGGCUCAUCAAUAUCAACAGAUAAUAAUGAUUUUGUAGAGUUUGGAGCAGGAGAUCUUGUUAUAAUUCCUAAGGGACUUAGUUGCACUUGGGAUGUUUUAGUUGCUGUUGAUAAACACUACAAAUUUGAUUCUAAUUCAACCACUACUUAAUACCUCUUAAUAAGAGAGUAAUUAAUAAUUACAAUUAACUAAGCUAGAUCAGCACAAAUAUAUUUAUAUAUAUGCAUCCAUAAAAAAGAAAAUAUUAUUUAAUUUAUAACAUAUAUAUACCAGUUUCUAGCAAGUUUUUGUAUAAUCAUUAGUACUAAAUGUCCUUAUAUUAAUUAUGAGUUGUGUAAAGUUAUACUUAUGAACCAGAACAGUAGUAUUAAUUCCUCUGAAAAGAAAAAUUGUGGAGCAGAGAAUAUAUAAUAUAUAAGAUGGAAAUAAAGCUAGACAUGAAAGUUGUAUUAUAAAAGAACAAAACAAAUGAGCAAAUAAUAUUAUCCGCUUGCAGGAA